ACAGGCAAAAGAGAAUGACACAUGUGCUGUUUCCUUUUCCAGUUGUAAAGGGGUCAGGAGCCAGGCAAGGAGAGCCCGAACAAGAGGAGCAUUUUCCUGGGUUCUUCCAGCUGUUCUGUUCAAUCCCGCCGUCAGUUCUGAGCAGGGAAGAGAGACUGUCAACACAAAUAAGGCAUUUUUCAAAGGCGUAAAUUAUGAGUUCCCAAAACAAUGCGACAUCUCAACCACAUGGAGAAGUGGAGAGCCCCACAGCUGGAGCAGAUGUGGCUGUUAUUGGAGGUGUGAUUGCUGCCGUGGUGUUUGUCCUCAUUUGCCUGCUGGUGGUGAUGGUCCGGUACAUGUACAGGCACAAGGGCACCUACCACACCAACGAGGCCAAAGGAACUGAGUUUGCCGAAAGCGCGGAUGCCGCUUUGAAAAAUGACCCUGCUCUCCAGGAAGCAGUGGAUGAGAGCAAAAAGGAAUAUUUCAUCUGAGAGGCAAGGAUUUCCAUGGAGACUUCCCCAAGGGAAUCAAUCAGAAAUAUAAUGUCAACAGAAGUACUAAAAGAUGGAUAAUAUGAGGAUACAGGCGAGCAUCCUAAUUGAAAAGUAUCUCUUUA